GCUUCCGUCGCGGCCGCCAAAUCCUCCUUCAGCUCCACCGGGUCUCGGCUCGCUGCUCCCCCGCCGUGCCCCGCCGGGCUGCGGCUGCCCGGGGAUAGCAGGAGGAUCCUCAGGGAGGCCGCGCCGGGGAGGACAAGAUGGAGGUAAAAGAUGCAAAUGCUGCAUUGCUGAGUAACUUUGAGGUGUACCAGUUACUUACUGAUCUCAAGCAGCAGCGUAAGGAGAGUGGCAAAGCCAAGCAGAGCUCUGGGCAGCAGAACCUGAACACAAUCAUGUAUGAGACACUGAAGUACAUCUCAAAAACACCCUGCAGGUACCAGAGCCCUGAGACUGUCAGGGAGUUCCUGGUAGCAAUGAAAGACCAUAAAUUAACCAAGGCAGAAAAGCUGCAGCUGCUCAACCACAGGCCUGUGAGUGCAGUGGAGAUCCAGCUGAUGGUGGAGGAAAGCGAGGAGAGGCUGACAGAGGAGCAGAUCGAGUCCCUCCUGCAGACAGUCACCAACAUCCUGCCAGGGGACCCAGAGGAGCAGCACAGGGACUCAGCAAUGGCAGCAGAACACAAAGGUGACCAGGCAUAGCAGGCAGCACUUCCAGAAGAGAACCAGCUGCUCUUAGUCUGGGCUUGAUACCAGUUCAAUCCUGUAUUAUAACUGUAAAAUACAUUCAGAUUUUUAUGAUUUGGAGGUGAUGAGGGAACCAAUUGUUCACAAGGAAGCAGGGAAAAGGACAGUAUUGUUUGGGGGGUUUGUCAUGUACGGGGGUGGCAGUGCCAGGGUUUGCAGUGGAGCAGCCUCAGGAGUGCUGGGGCUCUGCAUCUUUGGGGAUUUUUCCUUUCC